AUGAUUGACCACCUCCUCGGCAGGCCUUCCACCCGCCUCAAGCGCCUCCAGGUCCUCUCGGUCAUCUGCUUCUGGCUCUGGUACCUCGCCACCGGCAACCCAAACGGCCCCAGGCGCAUCCCCAUCGUCUCCCUCCUCAACCGCCGCCUCAAGCGCUUCACCCCGUGGCAGAUUGUCGUCUUCUGCUCCACCUCCAUCUACGCCAUCCGACACCUCGACUCGAUCCUCGGCCUCGGCGCCCCAGAACCCCUCGCACGCAUGUACUCGCGCUCCUUCUACCGCACAACCUGGAUCGUCACCGCACUCGACGCCGGCUUCGCAACCGCCCUCAACAUCCGCCCGCAGUGGCUCAAGGACAUCCUCAGCAUCCUCUUUUCCCUCUACUACCUCGUAUACGCAGACGAGGCAGAUGAAAAGCUGCGCAAGUUCCGCGCCUUCUGUACCAUCGACAUGAUGCGCACCACCUGGCACAAGACCACCAACCCCUACAUCCGCGCCGCCACCUGGUUCCACCGGCCCUCGCUGCCCAUCGCCCGCCCCCUGCUCCUGCCCCGCCCCAAGGUCGGCCCCCACCACCGCCGCCCCAUCCGCGCGUGGCUCUUCUACGCCAAGAGCGAGCGCCACCUCCGCGACGAAGAGGAGCUCGUCAUCGACUUUUGCGGCGGCGGCUUCGUCUCGAUGAACCCGCAGCACCACGAGGAGCGCCUCCGCCAGCUGGCAAAGCAGAUGCACAAGCCCGUCCUCGCCAUCGACUACUGCAAGGCGCCCGAGUACCCCUACCCCUACGCCGUCGAAGAGUGCUACGACGUCUACCGCUCCCUCGUCGAGAGCGGCGGCAGCAUCAUCGGCAUGUCGGGCGGGCCCAACUUCCGCACCAUCCUCAGCGGCGACAGCGCAGGCGGCAACCUCGCCACCGCCGUCGUCUUCAAGGUCAUCGAGUACCCGCAGCCCCACAUCGCCGGCGCCUUCGCCGCAAAGGCCGCAGGCGGUCCCGGCGGCCGCCCCCCGCCGCUCGCCAAGCCCAUCGGCGUGCUGCUCAGCUACCCCGCCCUCAACUUUGGCUUCACAAGCUGGAUGAAGCCCGAACACCUGCGGGUGCUGCGGCAGCAGAGCGAGGUCAAUCUCGAGAGCCUCGCCCCGUGGGCGCGAUCCGCCAUGACCCCUUCCCACGAGCCAAGCUCGCUGCCCUGGCACGAGGUCGACGCCCAGGCCAAGCUCGACCAGCGCCGGGCCCGCGAGGAGGCGGCCGCGCGCGCAAAGUACGAAGCCGACCAGAAGGCGCUCCAGGCUGCCGCUGAGGCCGCCGACCUCGAGACGCGCGACCGCGGCCCGGCGCCCGUCAACACCCGGCUCACCAUGACGUCGAUGGCAGGCUACUUCCAGGACCGCAUCAUCACCCAGGGCAUGCUCCGCGCCAUGGCGAUUUUGUACGUGGGCCCUCGGAGGCAGCCCGACUUUGAGCACGACUACUUCCUCUCGCCCAUCGUGGCACCCGCCCGGCUCCUGGCCGAGUUCCCGCCGGUGCUGUUCAUCUGCGGCGAAAAGGACCCGCUGUGCGACGACACGGUCGUCAUGGCCGGCAAGAUUCGCGAGGCCAAGCUCGCCAAGAAGGCGGACCUCGAGCGUCGCAGGGCGGGUGGCUCGGCCAGGUUUGGCGAGCAGCUGCGGAUGAGCAUCGGCGGUGGCGCUGGCGGUGGCGCCGCAUCUGCCGUCAGGGACCCGAUCGAGGAUGAGUCGCCCGAGGACUGGGUCCAGAUGCGCAUCAUCGAGGGCUGGAGCCACGGCUUCCUGCAGAUGUCUUCGCUGCUGCCCGAGUCGAAGCAGGUCAUCUCGUUCCUCGGCACCUGGAUGUCGCUCACCUUUGAGGACCACAACGACCGUGUGCGCGAGCUCGAGCAGCAGCGCCAAGCCGAGUCGCAGCCACCGUCCGCAACGCCAACCGCCCUCCAGCCGAGGCAGCACGACGGCCAGCUCGAGGCCGCAUCGCCCUCGCCGGCUGGCAGGGCAGCGGGCCAGGGCCAGGGCACGCCCAGCCUGCAACCGUCGGCGAUCGGCGGCGAAGCCUCUCCUCGCGGCGGCACGCAGCCGUCUCGGCAGGCCGUGGAGGGCGACGCCGACGAUGAGGAUGACGACGAAGACGAGGAUGGUCCCAUCACGUUUGUUCCCAAGGCGCGCAGGUCGCCCAGCGCGUUGCGGAGGGAGCAGCAGCCCCGUGGGCGGCCGGCGUCGUUCAGCAACGGCGAUGUGCCAUCGCGGCAGGGUCUCUCGCCCCCACAGGUCGCGAGCGCACCGGGCGCCUCGAGCCCACGCCGGCGAUCCCUCGACGUCUUUGGCGAGCGUUCGGAGCCCAGCUCGUCGGGAGAAGGUGCCGCCGCCGCCAGCCCGCGGCGAGGCAGCAAGAACGGCGCCGCUCCGCUCGACGAAAAGUACAUGGCGCUGCUGGUGACGGAAAAGGAGCUCCUCAAGCGCCGUCGCGACGACGUCGUGUUUGGCCUGGGCAACAGCGCCAGCGCCAUCGAGUCGGACGACGACGACGGCGACGGCGACGGCAACGACGGGGAGCGCAGGCGCGGCGCAGCCGCGAGGACGGGCGAAGAGAGCAGGUCGGACACGACGAGGGGCCGGAGCCCGGUGCCCAAGGCGUCGACGACGUCGGUGGCCAGUCAGGAGCUCGUCGCUUCGUCGCCGCCGUUGCCGCCCACGGAGGCUGCCGCCGUGGUAGCCGAGGAGGCGCCUCUGCCUUCCACGGGCGACCGCGUCGAGGCUUGA